GUAGGCGAGGAAUGGAGCCGGUGGGCGGCGGAUCCUGCUCUGCAGACCCACGGAGCACCUACGCGCUGAGCAACCUCGCGGAGGUGGUGGAGCGCGUGCUCACCUUCCUGCCCGCCAAGGCGCUGUUGCGGGUGGCCGGGGAUGUCCUGCCGCUGGGCUGAGCGGCGCGGGGCUCAUAGCCGCGGGAGCGAUGGCAGCGAGCGUCGGUUCGCAACCCUUUGUGCGUUUGCGUCCCCAGCGUGUGCCGCUUGUGGAGGGAGUGCGUGCGCAGAGUGUUGAGGACCCACCGGAGUGUGACCUGGAUCUCCGCGGGCGUGGCCGAAGCUGGCCACCUGGAAGGACAUUGCUUGGUCCGCGUGGUAGCAGAGGCGCUUGAGGCGUUGGAUGUUUCUUGCUCAGUGUCACACAGUAGAAAGUCAAGAACUAAAACUUCUGCCCAAAUAUUUCAACCACGGCCAUGUGCUCAUUUGCAUCUCUGGAUUCCUGUAUCAAAAACCAGGGCCGAGAGGAUCCCUGGGAGAAUGUUCACAUCUUACCCAGGACAGUUCUCUACAUGGCUGAUUCUGAAACUUUCAUCAGCUUGGAAGAGUGCCGUGGCCAUAAAAGAGCAAGGAAAAGAACUACUAUGGAAACAGCAUUUGCCCUUGAGAAGCUAUUCCCGAAACAGUGUCAAGUGCUUGGGAUUGUGACCCCAGGGAUUAUAGUGACUCCAAUGGGAUCAGGUAGCAAUCGACCUCAGGAAAUAGAAAUUGGAGAAUCUGGUUUUGCAUUAUUAUUCCCUCAAAUAGAAGGAAUAAAAAUUCAGCCCUUUCAUUUUAUUAAGGAUCCAAAAAAUUUAAUACUAGAAAGACAUCAACUUACUGAAGUAGGUCUUCUAGACAACCCUGAACUCCGUGUGGUCCUCGUCUUUGGCUAUAACUGCUGUAAGGUGGGAGCCAGUAAUUACCUGCAGCGAGUAGUCAGCACUUUCAGCGACAUGAAUAUCAUCUUGGCUGGAGGCCAGGUGGACAACUUGUCCUCACUAACUUGUGAGAAGAACCCUCUGGAUAUUGAUGCCACAGGUGUUGUUGGACUGUCAUUUAGUGGGCACCGAAUCCAGAGUGCCACUGUUCUCCUUAACGAGGAUGUGAAUGAUGAGAAGACUGCCGAGGCAGCCAUGCAGCGCCUCAAAGCAGCCAACAUUCCUGAACAGAACACAAUUGGCUUCAUGUUCGCAUGUGUUGGCCGGGGCUUUCAGUAUUACAGAGCCAAGGGGAAUGUUGAGGCUGAUGCAUUUAGAAAGUUUUUUCCUAGUGUUCCCUUAUUUGGCUUCUUUGGAAAUGGAGAGAUUGGAUGCGACCGGAUAGUCACUGGGAACUUUAUAUUGAGGAAAUGUAAUGAGGUAAAGGAUGAUGAUCUGUUUCACAGCUACACAACAAUCAUGGCACUCAUUCAUCUGGGGUCAUCUAAGUAAAGCAUCAUAUUUCAAGUGGCUUUCAUAGUAUGUAACUUUUGAGUUUUACCUUUUCCAGAAAAAUGGAAACUUGGGAUAUAUAUAUAUAUUUUAAACAAAAGUAACCUUAGCUAAUCUGUUUUGUAGCUCUAAGUGAUGCUCUCAGAUGAUACUGGGAUAAUUUUUAAUAUAUUAGAUAAAGGACACUUUGUACUCAACAGAUCAAGAAUUGAGAGGUUUGUGUCGGACACAAGCAAACCAGUUGUGGCUGAAUCGCACUAGAUUAUGUAGCCACUGUGUAAGGCGACUUGAAAUCGUCUUCCUGCAUAGGGAGAUUGAGAAGAGAUACACCAACAAGAGUCUGAAGGUGUUCUAUGUCUGCCUCUUUGUAGAUGAACUAGCAGAAUCCUGAUUUUUUUAUUCUCUCUCGAUAAAGGAGACAAAUAGAUGGCUUGGAAAGGCUUUGUGUUUCGGCUUUACCAGUUUCCCCAGAAGCUGUAACAGAUAUUACUGACUUUUUACUUAUUUGAUAAAAAAUUCAAGAACUAUUUUUGUUUUGGUACUCUAAAGUUGCUCUAUUAGGUAAGUUGCCAAGAAUAACCUUUCCAUGUAGUUCCAUAUGCCACAGUGGCAGACCAGAAAAUCUUAUCACCAUAGUUUGGUUUUAUACCAAUAAAACAAACAUCUAAAAGUCA